GCCCUUCUCAACCUUACUACAACAUGUAUCAUCAUCAUAAUCAGUGGCAAAAUAUCAACAACCCAUAUAACCACUAUGUACCUUACCUGGUUCAGGAUGUUAUCCUUUUGGACGUCCUAGUUCAUACAUGUCCCCAUACAUGCAGUAUCCUGGUCAGUACAUUGUUCCACACAUGCAUCCAGUUGAUUACAGAUGCAUGUAUGACCCACCUCGUUUCCACCCACCUCCUGUGCAUGACCCCAUGUUCCGCCACCAGCAACAACAACAACAACAACAACAACACUACUACAGUGCUCAGGCCCAGAGAGAGGUGGCCUGCUCAGAGGCUCAGACCCAUUCCAGUGAUGCUCUGAACAAGCUCCAGACCAACGAGAAGCAGGGCUCUGAGAAAGAGCUUGAUUCCGGAGUUGUUUCCCAAGCUUCCGGAAUCUUCUCGUCAGAGAAUAAGGAAGGGAAACGUGAGGUGGGGGGAGACAGACACAGUAGUCGUGGAGCCUCGUAUGCGGCGGUCUACGACGGCGAUUCGAGUCGGAGCCUUGGAGACCUGGGGCUUCAGGAGGGCUGGGCUGUAGACUCUGACGAGGAGCCCCCAUUGGACAGCUCAUCUGUCCAGGAGGAGGAUAUCCAGGACACGCGGCAUCACGCAGAGUGUCUUCAUAGCUGUUCUUCUGAGAAUCUUUGCCUCCUGUCCGCCGUCUCGCAGUCCGACGACAGCCCCAGACCCGAAGACCCAGACAACCAGGCAGAGGAGGGGAGUGCCAAUCCAGACAGUACUAGCUCCACUGAGGCACUUCUGAGGCCUCAGAGUCACUGCUCCAACCUGCUCUCCCCUCAGUCACUACCAUCACCCUUAGCCUCUGACUGGCAAGUCUUGGAGCACAUGAAACAUGGAGGAGAAACGUUUGAUGUUCCAGAUGGGAGUCUGUGUGAACUGGAUGUUGACCUGUCCUACCAGAUCCUCUGUCUGCCCUUUGACAAGGUGUUUACAGCAAGCGCUCUGCAGAAGGACGUCUCUACACCGCAGAGCAACGCUGGAGCUGGUAAAGACCUCCAGGCCUCUCUGUCUUCUUCUCUCGCUACUUCCACCCCAGCCCGUCACCACCACUACUACUGCCAGCCACAGACGGCUCACGAGAGGCUCAGUGUCCUGUGUUCAUCCCUGGACGAGCUCUCGUCCCGGGACGAGAUGUUCUCCACCGAUCUGGAGGACGUGGAUGCGUUUCCCGGCAGUUCUGUCUACGCAAGGGGGAGGUUCUCUGCAGACCUCGGAGAGGCAGAGGUCAAGGAAGUCUGUCCCCAGUCCAAGAAGCUCAUGUGCGUCUGCUGUGGAUCGAGCCUGUUGAAAGGAGGAGGGGUGAGCAGCAGGGUUAAAGUUCAUCACAACCCCAGGGUGUACGCCGCCGGGGACUCUGACGAGUUGGUCGAGCAGGAACAACACGGAUCUGUAAGGAGUUGUGAGAGAACGCACCCCAGUAGGGUGGUCGUGAAGAAGCACCCUGUCCACAAGAAACCCCAGCCUCUCCCUCUACACAUCCGACGUGCUCCCGAACACAGCUGUAAGAGAGGCCAGUGGAGAGAGGCUAUUGGGCCCGAGGAGCAGGAACCAGAGACCGUGUUGGUGGGAUCAGAGCUGAAGUAUUAUGAAGGCCAUGUGGUGGAGGGGGAGAGUGGACACGGAACUGAGGAUAAGCAACACAGGACACAUGGACUGUGCCGAGACGGCGUUAAUACUUCAGAUCCGGGCACAUGGGAGAAGGGAGGUGCCAAGCCUAGACAGAAACCACACAGCUCACGACCAGAGAGACCAGCACUGAGGAAAGCUCUGUGUAAGCCGCUGGUAUACCAGAGAGUCAGAGAUGAGGAAAAUGACGACGAGGUGCCACAACGAUUUCAGAGGAGAAGGUUCCACCAAGAGAAGAAACACAAGGUUUUGAUAUCACAUCCUUGAUGAAAUCAAAGAAAAUGUCACAAACAAAGAGCACUUAGUAAAAUGCAUAACAGAAAAUGUUUUCGAAUGGACACCAUUUUGUUUUUUUGUGAUAAAUAAAACCAAGGAGAUAAAGCACUUCCAGGAGGUCCAUAGACACUUUCAGUUGGCUAGCACUGUACUGUAUGUUGGUAAAAUGUCCCCUCGGUCAGCACAGGGUUUGGUGGCUUUGAAAAUCAGAUUUGAACUGUUGUGACCAGUGGAUUAUUAAAAUGAAUUUCAUAACA